AUGGCUGAACCUCAGAUUUUUCGGAUAUGGACCGUCAUGAAAAGAAGAAGGCCUGUUAACUCAGCACCUCGUUGGAGAGAUGGUUUGAACUUUGAAGGAUAUUGCCGAAGUUCUUUUGAAACUUACAACUUGGCUAUCGCGAUUUCCCGCUUUAACAUUGAUUCCUUUCUCUGUAAAUUUCCCCUCUGUGACAGUCGUGUUCGAGAAGAGAAAUGUGGCUUUAGUAACGCUGAGUAUAAAUACAGUGGAUUUCAAGCAAUUAAUGAUGACGCCAAAGAAUUUAAUAAUAGCUGGCAAGAUGCUCCCAGCGGUUUUUAUGCCAAUUUUGACGACUCACCCGACCAUUUUGUUAAAUGGUUCCAACUCACAAUUGAAGUGAGAAGACGACAAUUUUCAAAAAUCUCUGUUUAG